UUUUGAUAUAUCCGCUAUCUUUCCGGAUAUUUCCAAUUAUAUAUAGUGUUAACAAUGUUUUGUUUACUACACCUAUCGCCGCUCACUGCCUUGCUCGUUUCGUCAAAAGCUGAAUCUACUACCAUGAGAAAUAUCGUUAUUCUGGCAACGCUUCUUGCGUCAGUUGCUGCUUAUGAUCGAACAGAUGCGUCAAAAUGUACAAAAGAUAAAGCAGACAUUUUCUUCUUGCUUGAUUCGUCAGACAGUACCAGCCAACUCUUUGAAAAACAGAAGAUUUUUGUGAAUAAGACGCUGGAUUCUUUGGAAAUCGAAUAUGGAAAAGUCCAUAUCGGCAUCGCAACAUUUAGUGAUUCAUUCUAUCUGAACCUUGAUCUGACUUUCGAUGUUUCCUACCUCAAAAAGUUCCUCGGCCGUUUAAACCCGAUGGGUGGAAGCACGAAAAUAGGAUCAGCUUUAAAGAGUUUACUGGCCGAUGGAUUCAGAAGUCACAGAGCGAGACGAACCGCUACCAAAAUCGCGAUAGUUUUAACAGACGGUCAAAGUUCAGAUAAUCCGAUAGCAGCUGCGAAAGCAUUAAUGGCAAAAAACAUUAAGGUAUUCGCUGUUGGUGACACAUAUAUGAACAAUCAAGUGGACUUAAGGAUGAUUGCAAGUCGACCAACAGGCUAUUAUGUGUUUAAUUUGAAUUCCAACGCCCUCAUAGGAUCGAUCAAGAAUGCAGUGCAAUGCAUAUCUCCUAAAACUGUUACUCUCUCAUUCGUUCACUAUAUCUGGGCAUCAUUUCCCGAGCAGCUUGCAACCAUGUCUCUUUUGGGAAUCCAGAGUUUAGGCUAAAUUAGCGCCUAUAAACAAAUAUCAAUAUUUUAAGUG